AUGAGUAGUGCUCCCAAGAUCACCAAGCCGGCACCUUGGGACAAGGUGAACUUUCUCUCCAAAGUCUUCUUCACUUGGGUAUGGCCAAUUUACAUUGCCGGCCACCGGCGUGACCUUCAGUUCCACGACCUGUACCGGUGCGCCGAGAAUGAUGAGGCCUGCAAGGUGGGCGAUAAGUUGGAGAGGCAAUGGAAGAAGGAGCUACAGAGGAAGGGAAAGCCGAACUUUGCCCGCGCCGUGGCCCGCACCUUCUUCCCCGAAUUCCUGCCCAUCUUCUUCGUCUUCGUCUUCCAGGAGUGCGUCGUCCGCCUCAGUCAGCCGAUGUUCCUCGGUCGAGUGCUGCGCUACUUUGAGCAGAACCAAAAUGGCGGAGAAAUCAGCCGCCAGGAGGCGAUCCUCAGCGCCGCCGGCAUCGUCCUCUGCUCGGCCGUCUUCAUCUCCGUCAAUCACAUCAAUCUGGCCUGUGCCCUGCGCAUUGGCUACCGCAUGAGGGUCGCCUGCACUACUCUGAUGUACCGAAAGUCCAUUCGCCUCUCCCGCGGCUCCCUUGCAAAGACCACCGUCGGCCAGAUCAUCAACAUCAUCUCCUCGGAUGCGAAGCGCUUCGACGAGCUCUCGAUGGUGAUGCACGCCCCGGUGGUCUCGGUGAUGCAGACCAUCCUGGUGAUGUACUUCCUCUGGGGCCACCUCCAGUGGGCCUGUCUCACCGGCAUUGCCAUGCUCAUUCUCUUUGUGCCCUUUCAAGGGCUGAUGGGCCGGUGCUUCCAGGCGGUGCGCAGGAAGACCACUGUGCUGACCGAUACGAGAAUUCGAAUAAUGAAUGAGAUCAUCAAUGGAAUGAGGGUCAUCAAGAUGUACACCUGGGAGAAGAGCUUCGCCGGCACGGUAAACAAAGCGCGAAAAGCAGAGAUUGGCCGCAUUCGCCAGGCGUCCUACCUGAAGGCCAUCAACCUGGCCAUCUACUUCACCAGCUCUAAGGUCAUUCUCUUCGCCUGCUUUGUGACCUACGUCCUGCGCCAGGGCCCGCUCAGUCCGGAGGCGAUCUUCGUGGCGAUGGCUUACUUUAACACGCUGAGAAUAACCGUGACAAAAAGUUUUCCCAAUUCAAUUGCGGCCUAUGCUGAAGCGCGCGUCUCCUGCAAGCGAAUUGAGACCUUUCUUCUCUACGAGGAGAUCUCCAAGUCCAACAACAACAACAACGGGGCAGCAAUUAAAUCACUGAAUGGCAAAAAGAACGGCAAACAGCAGAACGGCAUCUUGAAAAAAACACUGGACAACGAUGACAGCGGUGAGGAAGGCGAUGGAGGUGGAGAAGGUGUCUUCAUCGAGAACGCCACCGCAAGGUGGAACAAGGACAUCAACCAGCCCACCUUUGCCAAUGUGACCGUCCAAGUUCGGCCGGGCGAACUUCUGGCCAUCAUCGGCUCGGUGGGCAGCGGAAAAAGUUCCGUGCUGAUGUCCAUUCUCGGUGAGCUGCCGCUGGAGUCGGGGCGCAUCUCCGUUCGCGGGAAGGUCGCCUAUGCGCCGCAGGAGGCCUGGGCCUUUGUCGCCACCGUUCGCGAGAACAUCCUUUUCGGGGCACCGUUCGAGGCGGAGAAGUACGCCGAGGUGAUCCGCGUCUGUGCCCUGGCGCGAGACCUGGCGCAGUUUCCCUUCGGCGAUCGGACCAUAAUCGGCGAGCGUGGCGUGACGCUGAGCGGCGGUCAGAAGACGCGGAUCACCCUCGCCAGGGCGCUGUACCGCGACCAGGCUUCGAUCUACCUGCUGGACGACCCUCUGUCCGCCGUGGACUCGGCCACCACCCGCCACCUUUUCAACCGCUGCAUUCUGGAGCACCUUCGGGAGAAGGCGGUCGUUCUGGUGACUCACCAGCUGCAAUUUCUCCAGGCCGCCGACCGGAUACUGAUUCUCAAGGAUGGGCAGGCAAUUGCCUGUGGCUCCUACUCGGCGCUGAAGGAGCAGGGCAUCGACUUUUCCUCCUUUGUGACGGAGAAGAAGAAGACGGUGACCACUUCUACAGAGGAGAAAGCAACCGGAGAUAAAUCGAAAACCGGGGCCGAAGCUUCCAACAAAAAUCCCGCAAUCUGCCCGAAGGAGGUGGAGCGGCAGAAGGUGCGCACCUUCUCCUGGUCGCCCUCCAUCGCCAGCACCGAAAGUGAGGUGAGCAUGGCGGCCGUCGACGGCCUGGUGGGGCACACCGACGGGCAGAUGCUCAGCCUGAGCACCACCCGCAAGGAGCUGCACUACGACACGACGGCCGCCGAGCGGGAGGAGCACAAGAAGGAGGCGCCGCAGGUGGUGGUGGAGGAGGGGAGGCAGAGUGGCUCCAUUCGCGGCGACGUCUACUGGCAGUACGUACGGGCGAGUCGCAGUCCGCUGUUGACCAUAGUUGCGGUCAUCUCCAUGGUCGCCAGCCAGUGCUUCUUCCAGGCCAGUGACAUCUGGAUCACCGAGUGGACAAGGUCUUCCAACAAAACAAACAGCAGCACCUCAACAGGUGAUGCUGACUCUAACCUGGGGAAGAUCAGCGACCCGGACAGCAAUGCCUACUUUGUGCUGGUGUACUCCUGCCUAAUUGGCGGGAUGUUCCUCUGUGCGAUCGUCCGCACGACCUCCUUCUUCACCAUCUGCAUGAACUGCAGCAUCAACCUGCACGACACCAUCUUCCGGCGCAUCCUCCAGACGCCCAUCUCGCACUUUGACCAGAAUCCCUCGGGCCGGAUUCUGAACCGCUUCUCCAAGGACACCGGCAUUGUCGAUGAGAAUCUGCCGGCGGUGGCCUUUGAGCUGCAAGUGACACUGACGACCAUUGUGGGCAUUCUUCUGGUGAACGUCUACACCAGCGCCUACCUCCUCAUCCCUGGCCUCUUUUUGGCCUUCUUUGUCUUCCUGUUUCGCUACUACUACAUUUCCAGUGCUCGUGACAUUAAGAGACUGGAGGGAAUUGCCCGAUCUCCCAUCUUCACGCACAUCAACAACACCCUCGUCGGCCUGGCGACCAUUCGCAGCUUCGACGCGGAGGCGAUCUUCCUCGAGCAGUUCUACGAGGCGCAGAACGUCCACAGCAGCACCUUCUUCCUCUCCUUCUGCACCGCCCGCGGCUUCGGCGUCCUCAUGGACUGGAUCUGCCUGCUGUACAUCGCCUCGGUGGUGCUCUUUGUGAUGCUUUUCAGUGGGACCGUGGCCGGGUACGCCGGCCUGGCCAUCAGCUCCAGCCUGGUGCUGACGGGCGUCACGCAGUGGGCAGUUCGGUCCAGCGCCGAUCUGGAGAGCUACAUGACCUCGGUGGAGCGCAUCCUCGAGUACACCUACCUGGAGGUGGAGGACGACGCCCGGGCGCUCACAGAGCGGAAGCACUCGGCGCUGCGGGCGCCGCCCAAGGAGAAGUGGCCCACCACCGGGGAGAUCGUCUUCGACCGCCUGACGCUCUUCUACGACGGCGCCGAGAAGCCCGUCCUCGUGGACGUCACCUGCCACAUCGAGGGCGGCGCCAAGGUGGGCGUCGUCGGGCGGACCGGCGCCGGCAAGAGCUCCCUCAUCGCCGCCCUCUUCCGCCUGUGUCGCCGCCAGGAGGGCACGGUCCUCAUCGACGGCCUCGACACCAGUCAGCUGACGCUGGGCCGCCUUCGGCGGAGCAUCAGCAUCAUCCCCCAGGAGCCGCUCAUCUUCACCGGCUCGGUGCGCUACAAUGUCGACCCUUUUGGGGAGCAUUCUGACGAUCGGUUGUGGGAAGUGCUGGAGGAGGUGCAGCUGAAGGAGGUGGUGGCCCACCUGCCCGGGCAGCUGGACGCCCACCUCAGCGAGGGCGGAUCGAAUUUUAGUGUUGGGCAGCGGCAGUUGGUGUGUCUGGCGAGGGCCAUUCUCAGAGAUAACAAGAUAAUCGUUCUCGAUGAAGCUACCGCCAAUGUGGACCUGCGCACCGACGAGCUCAUUCAGCGCACCAUCCGCCGGCGCUUCGCUCGGUGCACCGUCAUCACCGUCGCCCACCGACUGCUCUCCAUCAUCGACUCCGACCAGAUACUGGUCCUCGAUGCGGGCCGGCUGAUUGAGUUUGGCGCUCCCUUUGAGCUGCUGCGGCGCCCCGACGGCGCCUUCACCGGCCUGGUGGAGCAGACCGGCAAGCGGAUGGCGCAGAAGUUGGUCAGCAUCGCCACGGAGACCUUCUACGGGCUGCAGUACCGAGAGGAGGCGGUCGAGGAUGAAGAGGAUGAAGAAGAUGAAGAAGAAACUGCCGAAAUUGGGGAGAGAAAAAUGAGGGACUAG